AUGUUGACAAUAUAUACUACAUCCUUUCUCAGCAAGCAACAGCUGACCGACCGGGUUGGAGAAAGACAGCUUAUCGGGCAAUACCUGGUGUCUCCAAUUGGAGAGGUCGCGACAUCUUAUCUGUAUACUCCGGUCAUUCCUUCGCCUCCAAAUGACUUGAUGCUGUCCCAGUCUCCUUCACAACCUUCUCGGGGCUCUCGUCGCUCGAGUGCUGGAGCCAAAACUCGGGUCUGCGUCCAUUGCGGGCGCAGUUUCAGAAGGACGGAACAUUUGGAGCGACAUGUCCGCACGCACACCAAAGAAAAGCCGUAUAUAUGCUUCUGUGGCUCCGCAUUCACCCGACGAGAUCUGUUGAAGCGACACACAACCAUUGCACAUCAAAGUACCAGUGGUCUGGUUUCGCCGAAUUCGCAACCGGAUCACGAAGCUUUGGACCAUGCCAAUAGAGCCGGGACUUCAGAGCCUACCACUAUUCCACCCAACUAUAACAAUGUUCAACCAACACCGCGUCCAGAUGUUCCUAUCCCCAUGCCGCCGAUUGCAGAACAGUGGGCAGGACAGCAACGUGGGCCAUACAUUGAGCAGGAUCGCAAUUCUGUUCUAAAUACGGGGACUAGCAGUGCAGGUGAACUUGGUGCGCAUGCCGGCGCAGUCGGCCACGAUGCGGAGAUUUUGGAAGCUGCGCAGCUUCUUCUUCCGGGCAAUUACCGACAUGCACCACCUCCAGCCCAACCGAUCCCAUACCUACAUGAAGAGCUGAAUCAUUUCCAGGAUUUCACACAUUUUCUGGACUCGAUAGGUCUCCCGUCAGAGUGGGUGCCAGCAUUUGGGGACAUGGCUCAGAUUCAAAACCCCGUUUCAACUGAACAACCCGAGUUUAGCAGAAGUUCUGGGGAACAACACGAAUCCUCAUCGCGUCCGCGCCAGUCUGAAAGGUCACGGGCCGACUCGCCUUUCCGGUCGUGGUUGCCGUCCGUACCUCCAGGCGACCAGAGCUUCGCAUCUGUAUCUGACUACGAGCCUCCUCAAAUUAGCAAGAGCCCAAUAUCGCUCAAAGUUACAGAAGAGCAGCGGCAGCGUCUGGCGGCCUCCUUGGACGAGUUCCGUUAUCUUAUACCGGAUUUUGUCUUACCUUCGCGUCAUACGUUGACAAGAUACUUGACUUCCUUCUUUUCUGGCUUCCAUACACAUCUUCCUUUUCUCCAUGUACCGACAUUCCGGGUCAACGACCGAGCUCCAGAGCUCAUUCUGGCUCUCAUGACAAUAGGCGCUCAAUACCGCUUCGAGCACCGUAAUGCUGAGAGACUCUUUUAUGCAGCCAAGGCAAUAGUAUUAUACCGACUGUCGAAGGAGUCAAGUUUACCACCCUUUAACUCAAUCCUUCAGAUACCAUUGAACAGUAUCCGGGACUCAUCUCAGCGCUCGGGCCAGGAUCCGUUACUCUCGUCGCCAGAGUUUGCCGCAGGAAUGAACGCUUGGAGAAGAAUCGAGACUAUUCGCACCCUGUUAGCUUUGAUGGGGUACUCUACAUGGGAGAAGGCCGAGCUUGUUCAAGAAGCGUUUGGCCUACAGAAUCUGCUCGUUCGGUGCUUGCGAGAACUCGGGCUCAUGGAGAACAUUACAGUUGCCCCACGGCAUUCUCCUUUGCAGUGGCAUGAAUGGGCCGAAGAGGAAUCUAUAAGACGCACUCGAUUCAUAUCAUUUUGCUUCGUUCACGUUCAUAGUAUCGCAUACAACAUUUACCCAGUGCUCCGCAGUAGCGAAGUGCAUCUACGUCUCCCGUGUUCCACGCCGGAAUGGAAAGCCGCCACAGCCCACGACUGGGAGGCCGCUCAAAAGGAGGUGGACUCUCAGCAACUAUUCUUUCAGGAUGCUUUGGCACUAUUGCUGCAACCUUCACGAAAUCCAGUACUUCUAGAUCCGAUCCCUGCGCCUUUGGGUAAUUAUAUUCUGCUUCAUGGCCUACUUCAACGCAUUCAUCUUGUGAGCGAGCUAUCUAUUCCGAAUGGGGAUCAGUCAUACUCACUUCCGACCGAGGAGUUGAAUAAGUUAGAGAGAGCACUCCGGUCCUGGACUUCAGUUUGGCAACAAGCCCCCGAAUCUAGUCUUGACCCGCAUAAUGAGAAUGGACCGAUUCCGUUCACUUCCAGUUCGCUCUUGGGUUUGGCAUAUGUCCGCUUGUCUCUCAAUCUUGGACCGCAUCGUCAGUUGGAGACACGGGAUCCAUAUCGUAUAGCCACCGCGAUACACAGAUCGCCGCGACCAGGAAGGAGCUAUAGGUUGACACCUGCCCUCAUUUAUUCUGCACACGCGCUGAGCAUUCCCGUACGCCUGGGUAUCGAUCACGUGGCGCGCAGUCAAGCCUUCUUUUGGAGUGUUCGUCACUCACUUGCUAGUCUAGAGUGCACUGUUCUUCUCAGCAAAUGGCUUAUGUCCCUGGCUGAAACUGGCAGCAGCCAAGCUUUGAGCGAGAACGAGAAUCGGAUCUUACAUUGGACGCGUUGCAUUGUACAAGAAGCUUACGAAUCAAUGGAUCUUGAAGACGGGGAAUCGUUCCCUAGCCAGGAUCCCGGAAGUCUUGGAUUGGCUGUCAUCAAGCUUUGGGCUCGACUCUUUCGGAAGAAUACCCAGUGGCCAUUCAUCAACGUACUUGGGGAGAGCCUAGAGCGGUAUCUCGCAUUUAUUCAACCUGGUUAGACAAGAACACGUUCUCGGUUAGAACCCAACAUUCUCUUCAAUCACCAUACAGUGGAUUCACAUCCUCUUACCUACAUAAAAGCGGGUGCUUUUCCACGGGUGGGUUGCCGCAAAGCUCUGGUGUGAAGUUGCACCAUGUGGUACCUCAGGUUCUGUCCUAUACCUUCGCGACCAACGUGAAAGCGGAGGCAUGAUUCUAAUUGGAGCGAGAUCAGCGCUAGCAUCUCUCUCUUCUCUCGCGGCACUGCUUUGCUUGAGAGACGGGGCUUUGAAUCUCAACGCUUGCAGGUGUACCGACUAUGCG